CCGCCGCUUCUGGAAGCCACGGGGCCUGCGCUCUCCACCCUCCGCCUCCGCAACGUGUCGUGGGCCGCGGGGGGCGCCUGGCUGGCCGAGCUGCAGCGGCGGCUCAAGCCGAACCUCAAGGUGCUGAGCGUGACGCAAGCACACCCGAUUGCUUUCUCCUGCGAGCAGCUGGGCGCCUUCCCGGCCCUCACCACCUUGGACUUGUCGGACAACCCGGGGCUGGGCGAGCGCGGGCUGCCCGCCGCCCUGUGUCCGCACAAGUUCCCGGCGCUCCAGGUGCUGCAGCUGCGCCACUCGGGGAUGGAGACGCCGAGCGGCGUGUGCGCGGCGCUGGCGGCGACGGCCGUGCAGCCGCAGCACCUGGACCUCAGCCGGAACGCGCUGCGCCCCGCGGCCAGCCCAGGCGCGCCCCCGUGCGUGUGGCCCAGCGCUUUGAGCUCUUUGAACCUGUCGUCCACUGGGCUGGAGCAGGUGCCCAAGGGCCUGCCGGCCAAGCUCAGCACCCUGGAUCUCAGUUAUAACAGACUGAACAGGGAGCCGCGGCCAGAUGAGCUGCCGCAGGUGGAACACCUGUCACUGACUGGGAAUCCCUUUCUGGACUCUGGAGACCCUGAAGCCCUAGAGGCUGCAUGGAACUCCAGUGUGGCCCGAACUUGCGUACUCCGACUUCCGGUCAUAGGAAUAUCGGUAACCGUGGCACUGACCCAAUGGACCAGAGACUUCACCUAGGCCCAGAGAAGAAGGGUGAAUUUCAGGAUUCAUGUUCCCCUAAGGCGGCGCUUUCUGGUUUACUUUGUUAGUAUCUUAAACAAUUGAUCCAUGUUGUUCAUUCAACAGAUCUUUACUGAGUCUGUGCUAGGUACUGGGCCUAGAAUCUAUCCUUGGACUUUCUCAUCCUGUUUCCCUGGGUGAGUCCUGGUGGCGCUGUCGGGUAAGCGUUGGACUGCUAGCCUCAAGGCUGGAAGAUGAGGCCAUCUGUUCCCAGGAAGAUUUAUAGCCUCUGAAGCCCAAUGAAGGCUCGCUUUGAGUCUGAUUAGACUGGAUGACAGUAAAAAUUGAAAAAUAAAAUCCCCCUACGUGUCUUAGCCCUAAGGAAAUAAGUACAGAGCAAGAUGGCAGAGAAAGGAACUGUAGUGGGGCCUGGGGGCAAAGUUCAUGUGCAAGGUGUGGGGAUGGGGUGGGAGCAGGACGGAAUUUCUGUGGUCUCUGUUUUCUAAACAGAAUAUUGGCACCAGGAAUAAACGGUGUUUGAACAGUCGAAUUUUCUGCAUGAUACACAAUGCAUCCUCUCGGGUGCACUUCCAGUUCGUCUACUUUCAUUGCCAAAAAAGAAAAUACAGUACUCAAGAAUUAAAGCCAAAUAAUUUUAUUGAGGAAUAACAGCUCAAACUGGGCAUUACAGAAUGAAAUUACUAUGGACUCCAAUUGGCUAUUUUUUUUUGGGGGGGGGAGUGCUUUUAUAUAGAAAUAUCAAGAAUUUACCAUUUUUUCUGAUGGUUGACAUUUACUUUGUCUAGUCAAUCCAAGGUUAUGAGAUCCCAGAAGUUUCCGUUCAAAGAUCAAACUAAUUUAUUUUCCACAAAGCAGUCUUAAGACUUCUCAGUACCAGCCUGUGCAAACCACAUGGCAACAGUUUUCCAAGACCAGUUGACACAGAUGUUUUUGUUAUGAGUUUCCUAGAACGUUCUGAUUGUCGUCUUAAUUAAAUAUUUUCGGAGUGUA